AUGUGUGAUUCUGUUUCCAUCGUUUCUGACUCUUCAAAUCGCAGUCAUGCUCCAUUGCUCACCACUGCUACGUUUGCAUCACUUCAGCCUGAAACAGCCGUCAUGUUUCAAUUGGUUCAAAAUUCACUUGACCUUUUACUUUCAAUUCCUGCCAUCUAUCGCUCUUCUAAUAUUCAGCUCGCCAUUAGCAGUCUUGUUCUCGAGUUGGGUUCAAACAAAACUGCAGGUCAAACUUUAACACGCAAUGAAUCUGCUGAAAACAUUCGUAUAGGAACCAUUGAGCGGCAGAUCGUUGCUCUCUCCUAUUCCCUUGAGCGUCAAGCCUCUAUUAUUCCAACCGUCUUGCAAUCAGACAAUGCAUUUGAUGUGGCUUCUCCAAUCGACUCGGAUGAAGAUUGUUCUAUGCUAUUUACUGCCACAUCACUCGCACACAAAUCGUUGGAUGUCGGAGAUGAUUCAGAGUUUGCCUUGGAGCCACAGAGGCUGGAAUUGUACAUACCCAAUAGCUCUUUGAAGCGUAGAUUUGCAAAGUAUCAACGACGGAGGCAGGCCUCUAGAGCAGCGGAGCAAUCUACUAUUCCUUCAGUGUCAAGCUCACCAUCAGUCUCUGCCACACCCAUUUUGCUCAACAGCACUGUAUCUGGGAAUCGGAGCUUUGAAACCCAAACAUCUAUAUUGGACUAUACCCAAGAUACGCUUGGUCAAAAUACAUCUCAAGGAUUUUUGAAGCACCAUGAGGACUCCCUUUCCUAUACACAUACUUUUGAUUUCCCAUUUCAGUACACAUUGCGGCCAAUCGACUCGGGGAUUGGUGACGAGCAGACGCUGCUCAUGGCAAACACAUUUGACCUCUUGAUACCAGACUCUGGUCUGACUCGGUCAUAUACUGUCUAA